ACUGCUACAUCGUUGAAUGAAAGUCCUCAGUUUCCUAAAUCCAGAGAAAAAAUAAUACUUACACCUAUUUCAAGACAGAAAAGUUACAUUUUGCAGAACUCCAAAAUAAAGAAUCCACAUAAUCUGUAAAACACAUACCCAAAACAUCGUCUCUCAAAAUCGAGUAGAGUUCCAGUAGUGAUUUUGACAUUUCGGCUGUUAAGAGAAAACCCAAUAUCUGAGUGCGUUUUCUAAUGGUUGUGAUAAUAGUUAUUGAUUAAUGUCUCGACACUGUAGCAGACAUAUACUGAAAAAAAAUGUGAUAAUAAUGCAGGACAAACAGCGCAAUUUAAGCGAGGCCUUGGCGACCCAUUCCACUGUUACAAGCAGGCCGAGCAGAAAAGAAAUGGGGGAGGAUCAAAUGAAAGAGGUGGGAGUUCUACUCACAUACCCUUUCCUUCCGUACUUGAUCGAAUCUCUGGAUCGCAAAUUCACAACAUACAAGCUCUGGGAACUUCAAAAUCGGGAGGCUUUUCUGGCGGAGCAUUCGCAUUCGAUCCGUGGUGUGGCGUGCAAUACUAAGGCCGGCAUGACUGCAGAGCUCAUCGAUGCGCUUCCCCAUUUGGAGAUUGUGGUCACCAACAGCGUUGGAUUGAACAAUGUGGACUUAGAUAAGUGCAGGGAGCGCAAUAUUGCAGUGGCCAAUACUCCCGAUGUCUUGACUGAUGAUGUGGCAGAUUUAGCCAUGGCUCUUAUGCUCGAUUCUCUGCGCCACAUUUCGGCUGCAGAUCGCUAUGUUCGCCACCAAUCCUGGCACCACAAGGGAGAUUACAAGCUAACGACUAAGCUAAGUGGAAAGCGUGUUGGAAUAGUUGGACUUGGGCAUAUUGGUUCAGCCAUAGCUAAGAGGGCACAAGCUUUUGGCUGCACCAUUGCCUACCACUCAAGGUCUAAAAAACCUGAUGUAUCUUUUAUCUAUCAUUCAAAUGUUAUAGACCUUGCAGCUAGCAGUGACAUUCUUGUUGUGGCAUGCAAUUUAUCAAAAGAUACUCACCACAUCAUUAAUAAGUUUGUUCUUGAUGCACUGGGAGCAAAAGGCACACUUGUGAAUAUAGGCCGAGGCGCCCUUGUAGAUGAGAAAGAAUUGGUGAAGGCUCUAGUGGAAGGUCGGAUUCAAGGUGCUGGUCUAGAUGUUUUUGAGAAUGAACCUCAUGUUCCACAAGAACUAUUUAGCUUGGAAAAUGUGGUUUUGGUGCCGCAUGUGGGAAAUGCAACCUGGGAAACGAGGAAGGCAAUGGCGGAUCUUGUCGUUGGAAAUCUGGAUGCAUACUUCUUGAAAAAACCUUUGCUCACCCCUGUACCACUAUGAGAAUUUUCUUAAUCACUGUUCUCAUAAUUUAUUACUUUAUGAUAGAUGUUACACAAAGACUCGACAUUAUUUUCAUAUGAAGCUUUAUCAAAUGACACGACAAUUCUUGAGAGGUCAUAUGACCACACACAUUGUAUCAGUUUUUAUAAGGGAAAAUUUCCUAUUUCUCACUUCCUACA